AUGGCUCACGCCCUGGGCAUCCACACACUUGUCCUCCUCCUCCCCCUCCUCCUGGCCUCUUCGUCCGUGUCUGCCGAUGUCGUGCUUGGCCGGAAGGCUGGUGGUGCUGUCGAGGCACGGCCGGCACCGGGGAAGUACGCGGUCAUCAUGGAUGCCGGCAGCACUGGCACCCGCGUCCACGUCUUCCGGUUCGACAAGAGGAUGGAGCUCGUCGACGUUGGCGACGACAUAGAGGUCUUCGCCACGGUGAAUCCCGGGCUGAGCUCGUAUGCCGGACGGCCACAGGAGGCUGCCAACUCCAUCGUACCCCUGCUUGAGAAGGCCAACAGCGCUGUGCCUCGGUCGCUCAUGAAGAGGACACCCGUUAAGCUUGGGGCGACGGCCGGACUAAGACUGAUAGGAGACGAGCAGGCGGAGCAAAUUCUUGAAGCAGUCAGGGGUGUGGUCCACACCAAGAGCAAGUUCCAGUACAAUCCUGGUUGGAUCAACGUUCUUGAGGGGUCUCAGGAGGGAUCUUACUUAUGGGUUGCUCUAAACUAUCUGUUGGAUAAGCUGGGAGGAGAGUACGCCAAGACAGUAGGUGUGAUUGACCUUGGAGGUGGGUCCGUGCAAAUGGCAUAUGCCAUUUCUGCAGAUGUUGCUGCUGCCGCUCCCGUGGUUAAGGAUCCGUACGUUACGAAAGAGUAUCUCAAAGGAAGAGAUUACCACGUCUAUGCUCACAGCUACUUGCACUACGGCGCAAUGGCUGCUCGAGGAGAGAUCUUCAAGGAAAAGAAUGGACAUAUCAGCUACUGCAUGCUGCGCGGAUUCAUUGGUAAAUACACCUACAACGGAGAUAAGUACGACGCCAUAGCAUCGCCAACAGGAGCAGCAUAUGACAAGUGCAGAGUGGAUGUGACCAAAGCACUAAAGCUGAGCGCACCCUGUGACGCGAAGAACUGCACCUUCAAUGGCGCGUGGAACGGCGGCGGCGGUGCCGGCCAGGCCGACCUCUACGCCGCCUCCAGUUUCUACUAUAUGGCAUCAAGGGUUGGAUUGAUCGACAAUGAGGCUACCAGCGGGAAGACUACCCCUGCGGCGUAUAGGGCCGCCGCCGAGAAGAUUUGCCCGCUGAGCAUGGAGGAAGCAAAGGCUGCGUACCCAAGGGCUCGAGCCACCGACGUGCCCUACCUUUGCAUGGACCUCGUCUACCAAUACUCCCUGCUCGUGGAUGGAUUCGGUUUGGAGCCGACGAAGGAGAUCACAGUGGUAGAGAAGGUGAAGCAUGGUGAAUACUUCAUCGAAGCCGCGUGGCCUCUUGGAGAAGCUAUAGAAGCCGUGUCGCCCACCAAGCGACUCCAGGAUGCCUGA